AGAAUGCAGCGCAUGGCGCGUCAUUGAAGAGAGACCAUGAUGGCGGCGGCGCUGGGGCCCCCAGAAGUGAUCGCUCAGCUGGAGAACGCGGCUAAAGUUCUGAUGGCACCACCUUCCAUGGUCAAUAAUGAACAACGCCAGCAUGCAGAGCACAUAUUCUUAUCAUUUAGGAAAUCAAAAUCACCAUUUGCAGUUUGCAAGCAUAUUUUGGAAACUAGUAAAGUGGACUAUGUCCUUUUUCAAGCUGCCACAGCCAUAAUGGAAGCAGUUGUCCGAGAGUGGAUUCUCUUGGAAAAAGGUAGCAUCGAGUCUCUGCGAACAUUCCUUUUAACCUAUGUCUUACAAAGGCCCAACCUUCAAAAGUAUGUUCGGGAACAGAUUCUACUAGCAGUAGCAGUAAUUGUAAAAAGAGGAUCAUUAGAUAAAUCAAUUGACUGCAAAAGCAUUUUUCAUGAAGUCAGCCAGUUGAUUAGUAGUGGCAAUCCCACUGUGCAAACUCUGGCCUGUUCUAUUCUGACUGCACUAUUGAGUGAAUUUUCAAGUUCGAGUAAAACUAGCAACAUUGGAUUGAGCAUGGAAUUCCAUGGUAACUGCAAAAGAGUUUUUCAGGAAGAAGACCUUCGUCAGAUCUUCAUGUUAACUGUUGAAGUUCUGCAGGAGUUCAGCAGGCGGGAAAACCUCAAUGCUCAGAUGUCUUCAGUGUUUCAGCGUUACCUUGCACUCGCCAAUCAAGUCUUGAGCUGGAACUUUCUUCCUCCAAAUUUGGGCAGACAUUAUAUAGCUAUGUUUGAAUCCUCGCAAAAUGUGCUGUUGAAGCCAACAGAGUCCUGGCGGGAGACUCUUCUGGACAGCAGAGUUAUGGAGCUUUUCUUCACAGUACAUCGAAAAAUCAGAGAAGAUUCAGAUAUGGCACAAGAUUCUCUGCAGUGCCUUGCCCAGUUAGCUUCUCUUCAUGGACCCAUCUUCCCUGAUGAAGGAUCACAAGUUGAUUAUCUUGCACACUUCAUUGAGGGAUUACUGAAUACUAUCAAUGGAAUUGAAAUAGAAGAUUCUGAAGCUGUGGGCAUCUCUAGCAUUAUCAGCAACCUGAUAACCGUGUUCCCACGAAAUGUUCUAACCGCCAUUCCAAAUGAGCUUUUCUCCUCCUUCGUUAACUGCCUCACACACCUCACUUGUUCUUUCGGGCGAAGUGCUGCAUUGGAAGAAGUGCUUGAUAAAGAUGACAUGGUAUACAUGGAAGCAUAUGAUAAAUUGUUGGAGUCCUGGUUAACUUUGGUUCAAGAUGACAAACAUUUCCAUAAAGGCUUUUUUACCCAACAUGCAGUUCAAGUUUUCAAUUCCUAUAUUCAGUGCCACCUAGCCGCUCCAGAUGGCACAAGAAAUUUGACUGCCAAUGGCGUGGCCUCUCGUGAGGAGGAAGAAAUAAGUGAACUUCAAGAGGAUGAUCGAGACCAGUUUUCUGAUCAACUGGCCAGUGUAGGAAUGCUAGGAAGAAUUGCUGCAGAGCACUGUAUACCUCUUCUGACAAGUUUAUUAGAAGAAAGAGUAACAAGACUCCACGGUCAGUUACAACGACAUCAGCAACAAUUACUUGCUUCACCGGGUUCAAGCACUAUUGACAACAAAAUGCUUGAUGAUCUCUAUGAAGAUAUUCACUGGCUUAUUUUAGUUACAGGCUACCUCUUAGCUGAUGAUACUCAGGGAGAGACUCCGCUAAUACCUCCAGAAAUAAUGGAAUAUUCCAUUAAGCAUUCAUCUGAAGUUGACAUUAAUACAACACUUCAAAUUUUGGGAUCUCCAGGAGAAAAGGCUUCUUCCAUCCCAGGGUACAACAGAACAGAUUCUGUGAUUAGGCUGUUGUCUGCCAUUCUCAGAGUUUCAGAAGUUGAAUCUCGAGCAAUAAGAGCAGAUCUCACUCAUCUACUAAGUCCUCAGAUGGGCAAAGAUAUUGUUUGGUUUUUAAAACGCUGGGCAAAGACUUAUCUCCUGGUGGAUGAAAAACUGUAUGAUCAGAUAAGUCUGCCAUUCAGUACAGCAUUCGGAGCAGACACAGAGGGUUCUCAGUGGAUAAUUGGCUACCUCUUACAAAAAGUCAUCAGUAACCUCUCGGUCUGGAGUAGUGAGCAGGACCUUGCAAAUGACACUGUGCAGCUCCUUGUCACUUUGGUGGAAAGAAGAGAAAGGGCAAACUUAGUAAUUCAGUGUGAGAACUGGUGGAACUUAGCUAAGCAGUUUGCAAGCCGAAGCCCACCUCUUAAUUUCUUGUCAAGUCCUGUGCAGAGGACAUUGAUGAAGGCUCUAGUCUUAGGAGGUUUUGCACAUAUGGACACGGAAACCAAACAGCAGUAUUGGACGGAGGUUCUUCAGCCACUUCAGCAGCGAUUCUUAAGAGUAAUAAACCAAGAAAACUUCCAGCAGAUGUGUCAGCAAGAGGAAGUCAAGCAGGAAAUCACUGCCACACUGGAGGCCCUGUGUGGCAUUGCUGAGGCUACCCAGAUUGACAACGUAGCAAUCCUGUUUAAUUUUUUAAUGGACUUCCUUACCAAUUGCAUUGGGUUGAUGGAAGUUUACAAGAAUACUCCAGAGACUGUCAAUCUCAUUAUAGAAGUUUUUGUUGAAGUUGCACAUAAACAGAUAUGCUAUCUUGGAGAGUCCAAAGCUAUGAACUUAUAUGAAGCCUGCCUUACUUUGUUGCAAGUAUAUUCCAAGAAUAAUUUAGGGCGGCAAAGAAUAGAUGUUACAGCGGAAGAAGAGCAAUACCAAGACCAUGAAGUGUUUAGAGGACAUGAGCCAGGUCAAGCAGCAAACAGAUCUGUGUCAGCAGCGGAUGUUGUGUUGUACGGAGUAAACCUAAUUCUGCCCUUGAUGUCACAGGAUCUCUUGAAGUUUCCAACCCUUUGUAAUCAGUACUACAAACUAAUCACAUUUAUUUGUGAGAUUUUUCCUGAAAAAAUACCACAGCUUCCUGAGGAUCUGUUUAAAAGUCUGAUGUACUCCCUAGAAUUAGGAAUGACAUCAAUGAGUUCGGAGGUUUGCCAGCUCUGCCUGGAGGCCCUGACACCGUUAGCUGAACAGUGUGCAAAAGCACAAGAAACAGAUUCACCACUUUUUCUAGCAACACGGCACUUUCUGAAGCUGGUUUUUGAUAUGCUGGUUUUGCAAAAGCACAACACAGAGAUGACCACUGCGGCUGGCGAAGCUUUCUACACGUUGGUGUGUUUGCACCAGGCUGAAUAUUCUGAACUGGUCGAAACAUUACUGUCAAGUCAGCAAGACCCAGUUAUUUACCAGAGAUUAGCAGAUGCCUUCAACAAGCUCACUGCAAGCAGCACUCCUCCCACGCUGGACCGGAAGCAGAAGAUGGCCUUCUUAAAGAGUUUAGAAGAAUUUAUGGCAAAUGUCGGUGGUCUCCUUUGUGUAAAAUAAACAACGUAACUUCAUGCUUUAGAUCCUUUCUGCAAAGUGCACUGAAUUGCUGAAAGUUGACUUGAGUCUUGUCCUAUUCCUCAGUUCAUUUGGCCAUUUUGGAUUUUGGAGAGCCUGAAACUUUGAUAUGUAUGUAAUACAGUGAAACAGGAGAGGUCAACUUGGCAUCAGCUUCUGCUGUUAAGUGUUAGCCACAAUCUGUCAUACGUAUGUCUUUUAGAUUUUGAAUGAUGAUUUAAAAUUUUCAAAAUGAAAUUCCAUAUAUGUGCAAACAGAUAUGGGCACCACGAAAUACAUAUGCAGUGCCUUUUUCCUUUUAACCUAGGUGGCUAGCCAAAGUUUAGAAUUUUUGUCCUUAAAUAUGAAAUGGAUAUAUGCUAGGCAGUGUUUCUCAACAUCUCCAUAGAUCGCCUGCAUCACUUGAGGAGCUGGUGAAAAGGUAGAUUCUUAGGCCCAGCGCCAUCUGUAGACCUUCAGAGUCUUAAUGUCUGGUUGCUGGGCCCAGGAGUCUUCAUGUUAAUAAGCUUCUCCUUCCCGUCACCCCAAAAGUUUUGAAUCAAUGAAAGAGACAUUGAAAGCUCUUCAAAGGUUUUACGCUUUCUAGCUUUUCCUCCCUUUGAUGAUUGGGUUUAUAAUUCAGCAGGAAGGGGAGACAUCACCAGGGGUUUGUUGGCUGUUUCUUAGCUUGCUUUCCUGCUUGCUUGCUUUUCUUGCUUUCUGUCUCUCUCUCUCUCUUUCUUUUCUCUCUGUCUCUCUUACAUCAAUCCAGCGUUGCAGGUUUUGUGUAAUACAAGUCACUAAUCAUACUCUGAUGCCUGAACUUGAGGAGGAAAAUACAUGUAUAUUUUUGUUCUAUAAAAAUAACCUUAGGAACUGUAGCCAUUUCAUUGCCUUAAUUUUAAGAGGAAAGUACAAAAACAGCUGAUUUGUUUUAGUAAGAAACCACGUCUUGAUGCUUCAGAGUUGGUUUAGGGUGUUAGCUGCUAUGAACCUGUUGCCCCUUUCGAUCGUGUAUUUAUGUAGAUUUAUCAGUGAAAUGAAAGGCUUGUUCCCGUCUAGUCUAACUUUUUGAGUGUGUUUC